AUGGGUUUAAGGUCCAUAAUAUCGACCAUCACAUACUGUUUGUUCCUUCGCUAUCCACACAAGAAGCCAAAGGUUAAAAGUAAGAGCCACCUCAACUAUUACCACACCAUGCCAAGGGCUCGUCCACUUUCUUUACAGACGAUAGACCUGAAAGUAAGGAUGUGCUGUAGUGGAUGCGAGAGGGUGGUCAAGCAUGCAAUUUACAAGCUGAGAGGGGUGGACUCGGUGGAGGUGAACCUGGAGAUGGAGAGAGUGACGGUGGUUGGGUACGUGGAGAGGAAGAAGGUGCUGAAGGCGGUGAGAAGAGCUGGUAAGCGCGCCGAGUUUUGGCCCUAUCCGGACAUGCCUCGCUACUUCACUUCCUCCGACCACUACUUCAAAGACACAACCCGCGAGUUUAGGGAGAGCUACAACUACUACCGCCAUGGCUACAACCUCAGCGACCGUCACGGUCAUAUCCACGUCACUAACCGUGGGGACGACAAAGUCAGCAACUUCUUUAACGACGACAACGUCCACGCUUGUCGCCUUAUGUGA